AUGAAAACUGGACAACAAAGAAAGUAGAUAAAUAUGUUUUUAUUAAUAAAACAUUAAGGCAAGGUGCUUUAUGAUACAGUAUAUAGAAGCUUUCUACAAGAAAAUGAAAUAAAACAAGUAGCUAUGAAAACGAUAAAGAGACUAUCUCAAACAUCCCAAAAAUGA